GCUUGGGCAUUUGUAUUCUUUAAUCUUUCUUCUCUAUUCUUUAUCGUCUGUAUAGCUUUGAAUAUUCACAUAGUAUUCAUAAAUGAAUAUAAAAAGCGUUAUGAUUUUGAAAAAUAUUAUUUUAUAAUUGCAUUUUCUUUUGCACUUUUACUUUCUCUUCUUCCAAUGGCCGCUAAUUUGUAUAGCAAUGUUGCUCCUGAAGGUGGUUGCUGGUAUCAUAAUUCGGGUCAAGAAAAUGAUUUUAUAUUGCAAUGGGUUACCCUUUUUGGUUGGAUAUAUGCGUCUAUCUUGUAUUGUGUGAUUGUUGUAAUUAUGGUCAUUAGAAAACUCAAAUCUGCAAAAAAAGAAGUUGAUGAUAUUAUUGGUUCUCAGAUAGCUGGUUAUCCCACCUUAAUUAAUAAGACUGUGAUUUCUUUCGUUGUCAGAAGGAUUGUGUGGUACCCUGUAGUGCCAUUAAUAGCUCAAUUUUUUUCCUCUUUUAUUGAAACAUAUGCUUAUGUAAAUCAUACAGUUCCUCAUCUUCUAUUAUUAUUUAACUACAUUGGAAUAUCACUUCAAGGAUUAAUGUAUGCUUUAGUAUUUUAUCAAGAUAUUGCAGUUACUCGUGCUUUCCAGGCUGCUAAACUACAUUGGUGGAUCACCCAUGUUAACUAUUAUGAGUCUCACUACCCUUAUCGAUCCUACAACAAAGCCAUUACCAAUGAAUUCAACAUGCUAGAAAAAUCUAAACUUUUCUCCGCUCCAAAUACUUCAUCUCAAUUUGCAUCGCUUAACCUUUUAUCACGAAUAAAUUCUACUUCUUCCGUUCAAUUUGGAAAAGACAAUUCAAAUCAAGUUAUAACUAACGACAAUCAAAAUGAUCAAGAUAUUCAUAUAGUUCUUCCUGAACCAGUUCAUUUGAAAAAUUCUUCUCAAUAUUCUUCAUUAGAUUUAUUAUCUCAUCGUUUAAACUUAUCAAUUUCACCUGAUUCCUUGAUAAAUAGUAAUAUUCAAACUAAUCAAACCAAUAUAAAUAAUAUAAGUAAUCAUUAUGUUUCACUUAAUUAUACCGCAGAUACGUCAAACUAUACGAUUGGUGAUGAUGAGGGACGGAUUGAUGUUAUGCUUGCUAAUGGUGAACCAACAGAUAUUGAUAUAUCUAAGGAAAUUGAAAUGUUUAAGCUAAUGUUAAAGAGGCUGUAA